AAUUGCCACCGGGUUCGCUUACCCAGAGACUGAGAGAAAGCAUCGGAAAAAGUGGCACCGUUAGAGAAGAAGUAGAUAGUAGCCAUCGUCGGAUUGAGAAAAUUAUGGGAGAAAUUAGAGAGAUACACCCCUUACUUCAAGAAGAACUUGUACAAUCGCUGCGGAAAUGGCCGCCUAUUCUCAACAGUCAACGACAGGCUCACCACGACUUUCUAGCAACAACUAUCGAAACAUCCUUGAUCAAACUAUCCCUCAUUCGCGCCCGAUGCCACAAAUUACUGUAUGGUUUCAGGGACGACGUUGAUGAUAUGCCCUCCGCCCUCAUGACAAUGCACAGCAAGCUCACUGAAGAAGAAUCAGCGCUCGAAGAGGAAGAAGCAGAGCUGGACCAUCAGCUUCAUGAGUAUCACCGUCUCUUACAUGUAGUCGACGGAAAUGGGUCAGGUUUCCGUCAAGUCCUGGAGGAUUGGAGUCAAAUUCAGAAAGAGACAGAGGAGUGCCAGCGGGAUCUGCGGCGUAUGGGAUGGACUGGUGAUUGAAACUUGUGCCAAUAAUACUUAUUGUCUAGUAAAACGGG